AUGUACACCCUCGCCCUCGCCUUCGGUCCCCUCUUCAACGCGCCCGCAUCCGAGUACUUUGGUCGCCGUCCCAUCUAUAUUCUCUGCUACGGGCUGGCCUUACCGUGGUAUAUCGGCUCGGCGUUGCCUCCGAACUUGGCGGGAUUCUUGGUGUUCAGGUUCUUGUGUGGGUUCUUUCAGAGUGUGACGUUGGCGACGAUUGGAGGGAGCAUUGCGGAUUUGUGGACGCAUCAUGAGACGGGGUUGCCGAUGGGGGUGUUUAUUUGGGCGGCGACGGGAGGGUCGAGUGUGGGGAUUUGCUUGUUGUCGUUUGUGGCGGAGUUCAGGCCGUGGUAUGAUGUGUUUUGGGCUAUUAUGGGGAUUUCGGGGGGUUGCUAUCUGCUUGUUGUUGUGGCGCAGAUGUAUUGUGGGGAGACGAGGCAUGGGGUCAUCUUGCGGAAGAGAGCUGCGAGACUGAGGAAAGAGACGGGGGAUGAGGGCAUUGAUGUGGCGCCUGAGUAUCAGAGGAAGGGCUUCAAGGAGAUUCUCUAUGUCACGCAGACCAGACCGUUUCGAUUCUUGGCGACGGAGCCGGUGGUGCAGUUCGGAGCGCUGUACAACGGAUACCUCUUCGGGAUCUCCUUCCUCCUUAACGGCGCCUUCACUCUCGUCUUUGGACCCAAGGGACAUGGCCUCAGUAUCACCCAAGUCGGACUCUGCUUCCUGGGGAUCUUUGGCGGCAUCACGAUGUUCACAUUCACCAACAUCAUUUAG